AUGCCUGCUCCUCUAAACGUCAUCAUCAUAGGCGCCGGCCUUGCAGGCCUGCUCUCUGCCCGAGUACUUCGCGAGCACCACCAUGUCACCGUGUUGGAACGCCUUUCCGGCAGCCACGAGCUGGGUGCCGGUAUCAACAUUUCCCCCGCCGGAAAUCGAAUCCUCGAAGAAUUCGGGUUCGACCAGGAGCGUGCGAAAUCCAUCGUGGCCUGCAGGUCGAAGAUUUUCGACCGUCACCAUAAUAUCGUCCAGGAGUUGGACAUGACAGACCUAGUGGCGGCGGCCGGGUCAGAAUGGCGUCUCAACCAUCGGGGGAAUUUGUGGGUAGAGCUUCAUCGCCUGGCCACUGCCCCGUCCGAGGAGCUGGGCAUCUCCGGUUCCCCGGCCAAGAUCUUCUGGGAGGUGGACGUGGUGGACGUGGAUGUGGAAGCGGGGCGAGUUCGAUUGCAAGAUGGCACGGAGUUACACGGCGACCUUAUCGUAGGGGCAGAUGGGAUCAGGUCCAUGGUAAGACCUCUGGUCGUUGGCGACCUGGCCUUUCAGUCUGCGCGGCCGUCGGGUGCAUCAGCCUUUCGCUUCACACUACCGGCCAAGGCGGUCCGUGAGGCUGUCGGGGAGAUCCGUCAGAUGGACGGGCAAGAACCCAGCGAGCUCAACCUCCAUCUAGCCUUGGAUGAUACCAGCCGCUCGAUCGUGACGUAUCCGUGUCGGGGCUUUGAACUCCUGAAUUGCGUGUGCAUCGCACCCGACUCACUCAUCCGCGCCGAAGUCACCGAGUCGUGGUCUGCCAAGGGACGACUGGAGGAUCUUCUCGAAACAUUCGGCGACUUUGGAACGUUCUGUCAGUCUCUACUGAAACAAGCGGAGAACAUCAAGCUCUGGCAAUUGCGAGACCAAGAUCCCCUGCCCACCUACAUCAAGGGCCGGACCGUACUGGUUGGAGACGCUGCACACGCCAUGACGCCGCACCAAGCGCAGGGCGGCACUCAGGCCAUGGAAGACGCUGAGGCCUUCCGCUUGUUCAACCAGGAAGGCGUCUCACGAGACUCGGUACCCUCCAUCCUGAAGGAUUUCGAUCGGGUCCGACGACCGCGAGCGUCCAUGAUCCAGAACACCUCGCGUCAGUCCCUAGAUAGACGCACUGCCGGCUCCGUGUACAAGAACGUUCUGUACAACUGGGUCUAUCCAGGGGUGUUUGAGUGUCUGAGGAGACUGGACGCGGGCGAAGAGAUGGUCCAGAUUCCAGAGAUCAAACUUGAGGUCGAGUUGAAAUAA